UGGUGUGAAAACUGAAGCUCUACACUUUCUUCAUUUACAAACUCGAUCUGCUUUGAACCUCACGUUCCUUAAGCUUCUCUAAAGCUCUGUUUUACCAUUCCCCAUAACAAAACAAAAACCCUGAAUGCGUUUUCUUUAAGGUAAAAACGUUCUUGUUUUGUUUGAUUUCUUCUUCAUAGUCUCUUUCAACAUCUCUAGCUCCAUUGAAGAAAGAAUAUGAGAUAUACUCCAAGAUCACAAGGGAGAAAACUCAUCAUCCCUUCUUUCUUUUUCAUCAUAGCUCUCUGUGUACUAGCUUUCAUCAACGAAAUCAGAUUCGGCAGUUUACUGAGUUUCGGACGAUGUGCUUUGUCGAAUGUUCCGAUGACUAACGGUUCAUCGGAGACUCCAUUGUUGUCUUCUUCUUCUUCUUCUUCGGGUGGUGAUGAGAUUAGGAUUCUUGUCGGAAUUCUUACACUUCCCGAUCAGUACCCACGUCGGCAUUUUCUCCGGAUGAUCUACGGGACACAAGCUAUUCCCAACGGCGUUAAGAUCGACGUGAAGUUCGUGUUCUGUAAUUUGACUAAAGAAGACCAGAAAGUGCUUGUCGCUUUGGAGAUCAUGCGUUAUGAUGACAUCAUCAUACUCAAUUGCAACGAGAAUAUGAACAAAGGCAAGACCUACACAUACUUCUCAAGCUUACCAGAUCUAUUCAACGAAACCGAUUCACCAAACCCACCAUACCAUUACAUAAUGAAAGCCGACGACGACAUUUACAUAAGACUAGAAAACCUCGUAGCAUCUUUAAAACCAUUACCUCGAGAAGAUCUCUACUACGGCUACGUCAUUCCAUGUCAAAGCAUGGACCCGUUCGUUCAUUACAUGUCAGGAAUGGGUUACUUAGUCUCGUGGGACAUCGCGGUUUGGCUCAAAGACUCUGAUAUUCCCAAGAAACAUCUAGAAGGUCCCGAAGACAAAGUGUUUGGCGAUUGGAUGAAAGAAGGAAAACGAGGGAAAAACCGGUUUAAUGCUAAAUGGUCGAUGUAUAAUUUCCCUGAGCCACCGACUAAAUGCACACAUGAGCUUUGGCCUGAUACUAUUGCAGUUCAUUUGUUGAAGAACCAAGAAAAGUGGAUACGAAUAUUGAACUACUUCAAUGUUACUAGCAACCUUAAGCCUUCUAAAUUAUACCACAUACCGUAGAUCGUUUUCUGGUUUGCUUUGUUUUCAUUUGAUUAGUAUAAUUUAUACUUUUUAAUUUCUUUUAAAAUUGUUUUGUGAUCGUUAAUGUCUUCUAAUAAUGAUUUAUGUAAAUAAGUAUUUCAUACA